GAGUGGAGAGAGAGAGAGAGAGAGAGAGAGAGAGAGAGAGAGCGUAGUGUACACACAGGCUCUGUAUGAGACAGCCUGAGAGUGGGAGAGAUCGAGCAAAAAGAAAAACGCAGAAAAGAAAACCAAAGGAAGAAAGGCAGAGACUGGGACUGAACAUUAGAAUCCGGACGUUAUAUUUCUGAAAUCAGACGAAGCAGCAGAAGAAGAGCGAAAAAGGGUGGAUAACUCGUCUGAUAAACAACGGUCCUCCUGAUGCCACGUGGAUAUAAGAAAGUGUGGAAACAAAGGAUCGAGAGAGUGCGACGCUCAAUCAUUACUGGUUUGGAAAUGAGGAAAAUAAUUUGAGGAUUUUGACUUCUGAAAUAAAAGAGAUGCUGUUGCUUUCUUCAAAAAAAACCCAUGAUACUGCUUGUAAGUAAUGACUCAUAAAUCCUUUGCAUAAAGCAAACAGAUUGCUUCUCUGAACUGCCAUGAGUGCAGCACUCAGCUCCUACUUAUUUUAACUGAGCUGGACAGAAUGCUGACGUUCUUGAAGAUCUUAUCCAAGUCUGCAGCAGCUAUAUCUUACUUUAAGGCUCUCCAAUGCCACAACUAGAAGACAACACAGACUUUUAAGAUUAGGGAGCACAGAAUAUCUGGCUCGGGCAUGGGGCAGAAGCUACAGAAAGUCUGCCCUGGCUCCUGAACUCCUGCGGUGAGAGCCACUACGCUUUAAGCCAGAGCAGCUUCCAGAAAAACACAGUACCUACUGACAAGCAAAGUGCUGGAACUACUGGGAUGUUUGGAGUAAACAACUCUGAUAUUUCCUAGAUGUAGAGUGUGCUUCAGACCCCGUCUCGCCAUCCCGUCUAAACCACUGUGUUCUUACUGUGUGGGCAUCUACCCCUGUAGCACUCUGGCUGCUCUGCCAACCUCCAGCAGCAUCCUGACGGCACAAUGCUGUGUGCUCAGGGUGUGGCCGCCCAUCUGAUGCUUAGCUCGCUCCUGUUGCAAUUGGCCAGGGCUAGCUUACCUGCUGGCUGCCUUAAAGUAUCAGACAUCCUAAGCUGCAGCAAUCUCGGACUGAAGUGGAUACCGAAAGAGUUACCGGUAACAGCCGCCACCUUGGAUUUCAACCACAACCAUCUGGCCAGGUUAGAGGAAGACAGCUUUGCUGGACUCCCCCAUCUGGUAACCCUGCGGCUGGCCCACAAUCACCUGAGCAACCUUUCCCCCGGAACCUUCCGGAACGCAAGCGGUCUGCGCCACCUUGACCUUUCAUCCAAUCAGCUGAACAAGGUGGAUAAUCAUUACUUCCAAGAGCUUGUGAGAAUGGAGGAGUUGCUUCUCUUCAAUAAUCAUAUAGUUAGAGUGGAAAGCCAAGCACUGAUCAGCCUGAGCAACCUGCACAAGGUCUACCUCAGCCAUAAUCGUCUGACCGACUUCCCCUUCUUCUCCAUUCAGGAGCACAGCCAUCCUUUUCUUGUUACGCUGGACCUAAGCUCUAACCGUAUGCCCAAGUUACCUGUUGAGGACAUUGCAGCGUUGCCAGCUUCGAUUCAAGGUGGACUAUUCUUGCACAACAACAGCCUGAUCUGUGAGUGUGCAAUGUAUAGCAUGUUCAAACAAUGGGAGCAAAAAAACUUCAUUUCAGUCAGGGAUUACCAAGUGGAGCAUACAUGCUUAGUAUACGGGGAACCUCGAGCCUCAGUGCAGUUCCUUAAACACACUCGCUUCUUUGAAAACUGCACUGUAAAGGAACAGAUCCAGUUGGGGGAAACAGAGAAUAUGAAAGUGGACGCAGGAGACUCGGUGUUGCUGGAAUGUAAGACUUCACUGAAGGGGCAACAGCUUACCUACAAGUGGGUAUCUCCUCACAAGGAAUAUAUUGUGCUGCCAGGCAACAAUGAUACAAUGCGAAUGUAUGCAAAUGGAAGCCUGGAGAUCACAGCGGUGCGAAUAGAGGACUCUGGCGUGUACUGGUGCAUGGCAUUGGACCACCAACAUUCCCGGAACGAGACAUGGGAGGUUACCAUCACUGUGACGACGCAUUCUCACGAUCCUGAGCCCUUCAACACCGGCUUUACUACCCUGCUAGGAUGUGUGGUUAGCCUGGUACUGGUUCUUAUAUACCUUUAUCUGACGCCCUGCCACUGCUGGUGCCGUAAGCAGCCACUGCCUGCAACACCAAGUCCAGCAAAUGAAUGCAGCGCCCAGUCUUCAAUCCUGACGCCUACACCACCUGCCACCACGGAGGGUCCCGGCCGCAAGGUCAGUAACAACAAGCAUGUGGUCUUUCUGGAGCCCAUCAAGGAGGUACAAAACGGGAGGCCCAAAGAGGCACUGAUCUCCGAGAAUCCAAAGGUGCAAGUACUACGAAACAAUGUUGACUCUUUCAACUCGGUCUUUUCAGACACCACUAUUGUGGCAUAGCAUGAGGUUGCUCUCAUCCCCAAUCCUUCAUUCCACUAAAAUAGUGGGUCUUUCAAGUCUUGGCAGUCUGCAAAUUUUGCUGCCUCUCAGGACAGAGCAGGGAGAGGGCUUGACAAGCCAACUGGCAAGGCAGGGAACACAGCAAACCGAGGAAAGCAAAGAGUAGAAAGUAAAAACGCCACAGGACAGGUAAGAAAACAAACAGAUGUAGCCAAACACUGCCCUGAACAUGUACAUCAAGCUUUAGACGGAAAUGUGCUACAGCGGUACAGGGGAAGGUAUGCAUGAUGCUUUGGAUGCCCUUUAACCCUGCUUGAGCCUUGAAGGAAUGACAGCUGUACAGUAGAUGCCUUGUGUAGAGCUUAUAUGCCUCUGCUUUGUACUGUAACCCAUUAUUCUACAAAAAUAGCACAACUAUUAUAGAGGAUGGAAUGUGGUAGCAACUAAUUUUUUUAAAAACAGAAGUCUAAAAUGUAAAAACAAAUUUGAUCCUUAUCUGAUUUUCUACUUCUAUGUGCCCCUAAUAGGCAUUAGGCAGUUUGUGAAAGUGUGGAAAAAAAAAAAGGCUGAGGGAAUCAUUUACAUAUUGUAAAUGUUUUUGGUCGAUCUGUUUACCUAGUUUGUUUUAUGGACGUUCGGUUAUGUAGCCAGUACCUAACAUCUGGAUGAAACAUCCAUAAACCAUGCAUUGGAUUAAAGAAAACGAUUCGUGUACUGGAAUAUACCCCUUGACAUUCCACCACCCUUCCCCAUCCCCUACUUCCCCCACCCCCAAACAAAUGCCUUCCUUAAUCAGUCUCUUAAUAAACCAUUGUGCUUCGA